ACUAUCGAUAGUGCCCUCGAUGGUUUGACAAUUUUGUGGUCGUCGUUGAGUCUCGUGUUUCUGUUCCUCUGCGUUUCGCACUUAAAUUAAAGUAAAACUCAUCCAAAAUGGCUCCUCCAUCAUACAGCGAUUUGGGCAAGCAGGCUCGCGACAUCUUCAGCAAAGGCUACAACUUUGGCCUGUGGAAAUUGGACCUGAAGACCAAGACCCCUUCGGGAAUUGAAUUUAACACAGCUGGCCACUCCAAUCAGGAGUCGGGCAAGGUCUUUGGCUCCCUGGAGACCAAGUACAAGGUGAAGGACUAUGGCCUCACUCUCACGGAGAAGUGGAACACAGACAACACCUUGUUCACCGAGGUGGCUGUCCAGGACCAGCUGCUCGAGGGUCUGAAGCUCUCGCUGGAGGGAAACUUUGCUCCCCAGUCAGGAAACAAAAACGGCAAGUUCAAGGUUGCCUUCGGCCAUGAAUACGUAAAGGCCGAUUCGGAUGUCAACAUUGAUCUGAAGGGUCCCUUGAUCAACGCCUCUGCAGUGCUGGGCUACAACGGAUGGUUGGCCGGUUACCAGGCCGCAUUUGAUACGCAACAGACCAAGUUGACCACCAACAACUUUGCUCUUGGUUACACCACCAAGGACUUUGUCUUGCACACAGCUGUGAACGAUGGCCAGGAGUUCAGCGGCUCCAUCUUCCAACGCACUUCGGACAAGCUGGAUGUGGGUGUGCAAUUGUCGUGGGCCAGUGGCAGCAGCAACACCAAGUUCGCCAUCGGAGCCAAAUAUCAAUUGGGCGAUGAUGCCAGCGUCCGCGCCAAGGUGAACAAUGCUAGCCAGGUUGGCUUGGGCUAUCAGCAGAAGUUGCGCGAUGGCGUCACCUUGACCUUGUCCACAUUGGUCGAUGGCAAGAACUUCAACGACGGCGGCCACAAGAUUGGCGUUGGUCUGGAAUUGGAGGCUUAGGUCGACGAUUUUCCCAAUCGAGGAAUAUAGUUAUCUAACAUCCCCACUCUCCCAACAACAACAGAAACAAACAAAAGUAAAAGUGCAGAAACAACACUAAGCUGACAAACAAAUAAGCAAAUAAAAUUGUAAACGAUGUUCUACAAAAAACACAGUCAAAGAUAAAAGAAUCUUCACAUUUAGCAAUUAUUUUGGAUCAGUUGUCAGAAUUUCACCGCCUGCGCAACCGCCUCCAUUUCCAACAAUCUGUGCUCCACUAGAAUCUGCAGAAGUGACACUGCCAACCAACAAAACGAAUAGCGGGUCGGUGUCAGUCAAUCGUCGUUGGAUGUAGUUUUGUUUAGAAUGUACCAUGAAAACUAGCGUAUGUGUUGUUGGCAAAGUACAGAGAAAAAUACAUCUACAUAUUAAACAAAACUAAAGUUAAAACAAACACUUGCUCGUAGCUGGAAUUAUUUGCGGUGGAGAGGGCUGCUAUUAUUGGAUCCCUGCUCCUAUCCAUCAGAGGCGGAACAAAACACCACCCAACACAAUCAUUAAACAAUCUACAUUUUUGUUGUGCAUUUACCAGAAAAAAUAAAGCGAAAAGAAAUAA